AUGCCGCAUGCGACCGAACCCGUUUUCCAGCACAUCCAAGUCACGAAGCUCGCCCCGACGUUUGGGGCGGAGGUGACAGGAAUUGACUUCAAUAAGCCUGUCGAGCCAGAGGUGUUCAAGGAGGUUCUCGACGCCAUCACCGAGUAUGGCGUCCUCGUCUUCCGCAAAGCCGCCCUCGACGACGCGCGGCACGUGGCCUUUUCCCGUCUCUUUGGGGAACUAGACGAUGUGAAGCCGUAUCUCACCCUCGGGCGCAAGAACCGCUUCCCCUUUGACGAACUGUUCGACGUCUCGAACAUGGAAGACGACGGCUCUCUGGUGCAGGUUGACAGCAAGAGAGAUCACACAUCCAGGGGCAACUCCUUGUUCCACGUCGACUCGGCCUUCAACCCACGCCGGGCCGGCUACUCUCUCCUGCGGGCACACGAGCUCCCACCACCAGGCUAUGGCGGCAACACCGACUUCGCCGACACACGCACAGCGUACGACGACCUGCCCGCCGAGUUGAAAGCCCAAUUGAACGAGGCCGACUACAUCGGCGCCAACUCGCUCUGGCACUCGCGCAGGAAGGCGUGUCCGCACUCGGAGUUCCUGCGCGACAUCGACCCGGAGGCACACCCGUUUGGCCGACACCGCAUUCUGCAGCUCCACGAACCGUCGGGCCGCAUGAACCUGUACAUCGCCAACCACCUGCACCACCUGGAGAAGGCCGACGGCACGCGCGUGCCCGAGCCCGAAGGCACCGCGCUCAUCGAAUCGCUGCUCACCCACGCCACCCAGCCAAAGUACCUUCUCAGCGUCGACUGGCGCGACCCCGGCGACGUCAUCUGCUGGGACAACACCGCCGUCAUGCAUCGCGCCGGUGAGUUCAAGGGCAUGGGCAAGUUCAAGCGGGACAUGCGGCGUACUACCGUUCAUGAUGGGAGCAGUACGGCCUGGGGGCUGAAUGAGCGUACGGAGGAGAGGAUGGGCUUGCCGUGA